AUGAGCUCUUCUUCUUCCCGAAACACAGGCAACGGUACCACUUCCUUCUCCGCCACUCUCCUCCACCACCACCACCGCCAUGGCGACUCCCAAUCCCAAGCCGCCCUCCUCCCGCCCUCCUCCUCUACAGCAGCUCCCUCACCAACGUCUCCCAAGGCCGCCCCCGAAUCUCCCGAGCGAAACAGUACCGUCCUCCUCCACUCGGUGGAGAUCGAGGCCCCCUCCUCGUCGCCGGGCCUCUCAGUACCCCCAUUCUCCUGGAAGAAGCUCUGGAAAUUCACGGGGCCCGGGUUCCUGAUGAGCGUUGCGUUCCUCGAUCCGGGCAAUCUCGAAGGCGAUCUCCAGGCGGGUGCAAUCGCGGGCUAUUCGCUGCUCUGGCUCUUGAUGUGGGCGACGCUCAUGGGGCUUUUGAUCCAGCUCCUCUCUCUCAGGCUGGGCGUCGCCACUGGCCGCCACAUGGCCGAGAUUUGCCGGGAGGAGUACCCUAAUUGGGCGGCGCUCAUGCUCUGGUUCAUGGCCGAGCUCGCGCUCAUCGCCGCCGACAUUCAGGAAGUCAUCGGCAGCGCCAUUGCCAUCAAGAUUUUGAGCAAUGGAGCAUUGCCGCUUUGGGCCGGCGUCCUCAUCACCGCCUUCGAUUGCUUCAUCUUCUUGUUUCUUGAGAACUAUGGAAUCAGAACACUAGAAGCCUUCUUUGGUGUUCUUAUUACAAGUAUGGCCAUUGCAUUCGCCUGGAUGUUUUUCGACACAAAUCCUAGCGGAAAGGAGGUUAUAGACGGGCUGUUGGUACCUCGGCUAAGUUCCAAGACUCUCCAAAAGGCUAUCGGAGUUGUCGGUUGUGUAAUAACUCCUUACAAUGUCUUCCUAUAUUCAGCUCUAGUCCAGUCGCGAAAAGUGGACACGAAGAAGAAAGGGAGAGUACAGGAGGCGCUAAAUUAUUACACAAUCGAGUCCUUCAUAGCCGUUUUUGUAUCACUGGCAAUCAACUUGUUUGUGACAACCGUAUUCGCAAAAGGGUUCUACGGGACAGCACAGGCUGACAGCAUCGGGCUAGUGAAUGCCGGAGAAUACCUGGAGCAGAGAUAUGGCGGGGGAUUUCUUCCGAUUCUAUACAUUUGGGGAAUCGGUCUUCUUGCAGCCGGACAGAGCAGCACCAUCACGGGCACUUACGCCGGGCAGUUUAUAAUGAGCGGCUUCCUUAACAUGCAGAUUAAGAAAUGGCUGAGAUCGUUGAUCACGCGAAGCUGCGCCAUUCUACCCACAAUCUUGGUGGCUAUGAUCUUCAACCGAUCUGAAGAGUUGCUUGAUGUACUUAAUGAAUGGCUUAAUGUUCUUCAGGCAAUGCAGAUACCGUUUGCAGUUGUCCCUCUCCUCCAUUUGGUGUCGAGCGAGCACAUCAUGGGCAGCUUCGUAAUCGGAACUACUCUAGAGAGGAUUUCAUGGGGUGUAGCCGCGAUCGUGAUACUGAUAAAUGGAUACGUUCUAGUGGACUUCCUCGUGUCGGAUGUCCACGGAUUGCUUGUUGGCAGCGUAGCUUUCAUUCUCGGAGGCUUGUACGCAGCAUUCCUCGCAUAUCUUAUAUUCGUCGGCAGGAAACGAGCGGAUGGAUUUUCGGUUCUCGGAACAUAAGACCAUCUCAAAUGCUGGAUGAAGAAGCUCAGAUCUUUCUGCAAGCCUUGAGUUAAGUUCAUACCA